AUGAAUCUUACCGUUAACCACCACAGCAGGACCCCCGCGGCCGCAGCUGACGAAGAUGGCGCGGAUCAGAUCGGCUUUGAUACGCCCCGCUCUGGUGUGGCAACCCCUCAACCCGACCUCCAUGACAAACGCCUGCCGGGCAUUAUGAGCUACUUCGGCCAGGUUCGUACAGAUUCUCCUCACAAUUCUGUAUCUGCCCCUGUCGCGUCGGAUCGCAAUCAUCGAGGACAAUCGCUUCCUGGUCCCGAAACGAAGCAAGUCGAGACGGACGGGAAUGCUUCUCAGGUCAGCUCUACGGAUGCUGUGCCCGGUGGCGAUCCUGAACCAAAAUCCCUAUCACUUCCCCAUCCUCCCAGAGAGCGGCCUUCGUCGCCCAACACCUCGCCCAUGGCACUGGUUCAGACACACCAGUAUCCGACCCCGCCAAUAUCAAGACGGUCGUCGGUGGGACUUCUCAAGAGGAGUCUGUCAUUGCGGUAUGGAGAGACACGGUCCGCUGCAUCCUCAUCGGCGAGACCGUUACUCCAACGAGGCGUGACGGACUACCCGAAGAAGUGCCACAGUCUCACUCUCAUGUCCCAACCUUCGAGCAUCGUCACAACGUCGGCGGUGCAUGCGCAUCACAUUUCCAACCCCAGCCUCCCAAAGCCCAUCACACCAAAAACUCCCACCCACCCCCACGUUGGUUCAGCGCAAAAAGCCACUUCCCUUCACAGCUCGUCGUCAGUUGAUCAGCUCAAGAAGCUAACUCAAGUCGCGGCAUUCAAGAGCGGGCCACCGACCCCCACCAGGGCGCUCUCGGCCGCGCAACCGUCUCAGUCUGAGGAGCGGUCGAGCUCCAAGAGAAGCAGCAAUGAGACUGUGCCUCCCAGUGGCACCCAGACGCCGAGGAGCGGAACCACCGGUGCCCAGGUCCCUGCCGCCCGAGGCAAGCUCACGAUCAAGAUUGUCGAGGCUAAGGGCCUGAGACGGGCCAAGGAUCCCUAUGUCGUCGCUGUCUUCCAGAGGAGCGAGCUUAUCUCGGGAGGUCCACGCUCUGUCGAGGAAGAGGAGGACGUAAACCUGCCGCCGCCGUCCUUUGGAGGCAUUCCGAUCCAGAGGCAAGGGAGCGACUCAGGCCGACCGGCCAUGUCCAUCCCAAUGCGCAGCCGUCAAAGCAGCAACACCAGCAUCUCGGACUACAACACAUUCCGCAACCGGUCACGGCGGUCCUUCACCAGCCCAAAGUGGGACGCCGAGGCAGAGUUUGAUGUUGUCGAUUCGAAUAUGCUGGUCAACAUUUCCGUCUACGAUCACAGCGCGAACGGCGAGGAGUUUCUGGGCCAUGUGGACUUGCAAGCGAACAGGGACUCGAACAAUCCAGUCCGUGGCUGGUUCUCCCUCAAGGGCCAUGCCGACACCGUGGCAGAGAACGCCCCAACGGGAGAGAUAUACGUCGAAGCCGUCUUUCAGCGCACCGAGCGGAAACACUUUGGCCCCGAAGACUUUCAGAUUCUUAAGCUGAUUGGCAAGGGUACUUUUGGCCAGGUUUACCAAGUUCGCAAGAAGGACACCGAACGCAUUUACGCCAUGAAGGUCCUAUCCAAGAAGGUCAUCGUCCAGAAGAAGGAAGUCGCCCACACCGUCGGUGAGCGUAACAUUCUGGUCCGAACAGCAAUGUCAGACUCGCCCUUUAUCGUGGGUCUCAAGUUCUCCUUCCAGACACCCUCGGAUCUGUACCUGGUUACCGACUACAUGUCGGGUGGAGAGUUGUUCUGGCAUCUACAGAAGGAAGGUCGGUUCGACGAGCGAAGAGCCAAGUUCUAUAUCGCAGAGCUUAUCUUGGCCAUCCAACACCUCCACAACAAUGACAUUGUGUAUCGCGACCUGAAGCCCGAGAACAUUUUGCUGGACGCCAACGGCCACAUUGCUCUCUGUGACUUUGGUCUGUCCAAGGCCAACCUCACUAAAAACGACACAACCAAUACCUUCUGCGGAACCACCGAGUACCUCGCCCCUGAAGUUCUCCUCGACGAGUCAGGAUACACCAAGAUGGUGGAUUUCUGGUCACUGGGAGUUCUAGUUUUUGAGAUGUGCUGCGGCUGGAGCCCCUUCUAUGCAGAAGACACCCAACAAAUGUACAAGAACAUCGCCUUUGGCAAGGUCCGGUUUCCUCGGGAUACCUUGUCUCAGGAGGGCCGCAACUUCGUCAAGGGUCUGCUCAACAGAAACCCCAAGCACAGACUGGGCGCAACCGACGAUGCAGAGGAGCUGAAGCGUCAUCCCUUCUUUGCUGACAUUGACUGGGAUCUUCUUGCAAAGAAGCUCAUUACUCCUCCUUUCAAGCCGAAGUUGACAUCAGCGACAGACGUGUCCUACUUCGACCCCGAAUUCACCAACGCAUUGGACAACAAUGGCUCUCUCAACGAGCGCGCAGCAGCCUUGUCCAAGGGUUUUGCCACAUCAACGCCACUUUCACCUUCUGUGCAGGCCAACUUCCAAGGCUUCACCUUUGUGGACGAGAGCGCCCUUGACGACCAUAUGCGAGAUAAGAGCCGCUAUGACGAUGAGGAGAUGCGUGAUUCUCACCAUCAAGACGACGACUGGGAUGACCUUGAGGAUGUAAACCACAAGAGCAACCGCAUGAGUGGCAUUGUGCGCACAACCACCAACGACGAGCAGAUGAUUGGUGGUGGACAUUUUGACGUCUGA